UGAAUGUUUCCAUGGAUGGGGAGCUCGCCCUUUCCUGAGUCAAAUUGUGCCAUUGUCUGCCUACGGGAAUUGCCAGUGAAUUCUUCCUUACGUUGCUCUAAAGUCAGCCUCAUUUGUACCUUGGCCCUUGACCUGCCUGCACGGUCUGUCACAGACUCUUCCAUGCAGCUCUGUCAUAUGCUCCUGGGUCGGGUCUUCUCUAGGCUGAUACUCCAGACUGCUGGCCUGGAAUUUGAAGUUACAACCAAAACUCCAGUAAGAUAUGGAAGAGUAGCCGUUAUUUCAGCUCCAGGGCCCACAACGGCAGUGUCUUACAUGUCAGUGAAAUGCGUGGAUGCCCGUAAAAACCAUCACAAGGCAAAAUGGUUAAUGCCUUGGGGACUCAACCAGUGCGACAAGAUCCGAGACAUCGAGGAAGCAAUUCCAAGGGAAAUCGAAGCCAAUGACAUUGUGUUUUCUGUGCACAUUCCCCUCCCCUCCAUGGAGAUGAGUCCUUGGUUCCAGUUCAUGCUGUUCAUCCUGCAGCUGGACAUUGCAUUCAAGCUCAACAAUCAAAUCAGAGAAAAUGCAGAAGUUUCCAUGGACGUUUCCCUGGCUUACCGCGAUGAUAUGUUCGCUGAGUGGACUGAAAUGGCCCGUGAGAGAGUGCCCCGGAAACUCAAAUGUACCUUCACCUCCCCCAAGACCCCGGAACAUGAGGGCCGAUACUAUGAAUGUGAUGUCCUUCCUUUCAUGGAAAUCGGGUCUGUGGCUCAUAAGUAUUACCUUCUAAACAUCCGGCUGCCUGUGAAUGAGAAGAAGAAAAUCAACGUUGGGAUAGGAGAGAUAAAGGAUAUUCGACUGGUGGGCAUUCACCAAAAUGGAGGCUUCACCAAGGUGUGGUUUGCCAUGAAGACCUUCCUCACCCCCAGCAUCUUCAUCAUUAUGGUGUGGUACUGGAGGAGGAUCACCAUGAUGUCUCGACCCCCAGUGCUGCUGGAAAAAGUCAUCUUUGCCCUGGGGAUUUCCAUGACUUUUAUCAACAUCCCAGUGGAAUGGUUUUCCAUCGGGUUUGACUGGACCUGGAUGCUGCUGUUUGGCGAUAUCCGUCAGGGCAUCUUCUAUGCAGUGCUCCUCUCCUUCUGGAUCAUCUUCUGUGGCGAGCACAUGAUGGAUCAGCACGAGCGGAACCACAUAGCAGGGUAUUGGAAGCAAGUCGGACCCAUUGCUGUUGGUGCCUUCUGCCUCUUCAUAUUCGAUAUGUGUGAGAGAGGGGUGCAACUCACAAAUCCCUUCUACAGUAUCUGGACGACAGAUGUUGGAACAGAGCUGGCUAUGGCCUUCAUCAUUGUGGCUGGGAUCUGCCUCUGCCUCUACUUCCUGUUUCUGUGCUUCAUGGUCUUUCAGGUGUUUCGGAACAUCAGCGGGAAGCAGUCCACCCUGCCAGCCAUGAGCAAAGUCCGGCGGCUGCACUAUGAGGGGCUAAUUUUCAGGUUCAAGUUCCUCAUGCUGAUCACCUUGGCUUGUGCUGCCAUGACUGUCAUCUUCUUCAUUGUUAGUCAGGUGACUGAAGGCCACUGGAAGUGGGGCGGCGUCACGGUCCAAGUGAACAGCGCCUUUUUCACCGGCAUCUACGGGAUGUGGAACCUGUAUGUCUUCGCUUUGAUGUUCUUGUACGCGCCGUCCCAUAAGAACUAUGGGGAAGAUCAGUCCAAUGACAGUGACCUCCGGGGACCUUAAAGACCAGGAGAGGUGCCAAAGAGUCAGGAGACAGGAGGCUGCAAUCCCUGGGAUCCUGAAUUUUAACAUCCUGAAGGUGACCUCAUAGACUUGACAACAAAAGCAGACAAGGAGCUAGAAGGAGCCCAGGACAUCUACGGUCCCAGUGGAGCUGGGAUGGGGGCCACGUGAUGUUGCACCAACAAAGGAGAAGCAGCCUGGGGUUCUCACUGAUUGCAGACUCCAGCAUGAGUCACCAGGGGGCUGCAGCUGCCACGAGCUAAUGUGACGUUCAGCCGCAUUCACGAAACGAUGUAGUUUCCAAAAGAGUGCACAAUGACCCCACUGGACUGAGCGACAUCUGAAGCACUGAGUCAUCCUCUAUCGAUUCUGAUAUUGUAGAGGGAAGAAUUUCAUCUGACACAUGCUGGGCAACAGGGUCUGUGCUUUGAUUUUGUUUUUUUUUUCUCACGAGGUAAACAUCGCCCGGCCCUGAGAGACAGAGGCUGUUCUCUUUGUUCUUAAUCGAGCGCUGCAGCCAGGAACAUUCUGUUUGUUCCCCACUGCUGCUCCCCUCCAUCUGAAGGCAGGAGUCCCCAGCCGUAUGGACAGUCCUGGGCCCCAGAGCCAGGUCGGCUUGUUGGUAUGAGCAUCCAUGACCAAGGGAGGAUGCGUCUCAGCUUACAAACAAGCCUCUGGGAACUUAGCCAGUCGACUGCAUCAAGCAGGGAAAGGCCACCCACACUGCACCCCAUUUUUUGACUCAAUGUAAGGCAGAUUUCCUAACCAUCAGGACUCUUUAAAAACAAAAUUGGCUGCCAUGGGAUGGAGUGAGCGCCUUGUCAUUGGAAAUGUGCAAGACCAGAGUGUGGGUGACCCUCUGAAUACAGAUGCAGAUCAAGAACGGGCUUGGCAGAGACAAUCCCGGGCCCGCUUCCAAAUCGAACACUACGAUCCUACAUUUAAACCACCCUGUUUUUUUCUGAUGAUAAAACUUUUCAACUAGCUUGAUUCUGCUCAUUUUUAGUUAGCAGCCCCCUACAAACGACA